CUGGCCCGCUUGCUCUCAUCCGAGACCUCAGCGCAUACGGUCGGAUCUAUUAAACCGCCAUCGCCGGUCCCUGAAAGCCUUCGGCUCGCGUACAAAUGCAAGCUAUCAAAUGUGUGGUGGUCGGCGACGGGGCUGUGGGUAAGACCUGUCUGCUGAUUAGCUACACCACCAAUGCCUUCCCUGGUGAAUACAUCCCCACUGUGUGACUUUGACAACUACUCUGCUAAUGUGAUGGUGGAUGGGAAACCAGUGAAUCUGGGCCUUUGGGAUACAGCAGGACAGGAGGACUACGAUAGGCUCAGACCACUGUCUUACCCACAGACGGAUGUGUUCUUGAUAUGCUUCUCCCUGGUCAGUCCGGCCUCCUUUGAGAACGUCCGAGCUAAGUGGUACCCUGAGGUGAGACACCAUUGCCCCAACACACCCAUCAUCCUGGUGGGCACUAAGCUGGAUUUGCGAGAUGACAAGGACACCAUUGAGAGGCUGCGAGACAAGAAGCUCUCCCCCAUCACCUACCCGCAGGGCCUGGCCAUGGCAAGAGAGAUUGGGGCUGUGAAGUACCUGGAGUGCUCCGCGCUGACCCAGCGAGGCCUGAAGACGGUAUUCGACGAGGCCAUCCGAGCCGUGCUCUGCCCUCCGCCCGUGAAGAAGAGGGGGAAAAGGUGCACCAUGUUCUGAGGAGCAAAACACUACUCUAACCACCACACCACAUCACCAUGAACAACAACCACUACUUCCCUGAGAGGAUGAGAGAGGAAACUAGCGAGAGUGAGCGUGCACUGCUGAGAUUGCUUUCUUUAUAUUGAUGUUUUUUCAGAGCGAUAUUGACGACAAGACCAAUAUUUAAUCCGAUUUUUUUUUUUUACCAUUACUGAAUAGUUCAUAGGUUCUGAAAGACAUUGACUGUCCACCUACUUUGUACUCAUAGAACCACAUCAAGUUGCCAUGAGGGCUGAUAAAGGUUUCUAUUACUCGUCUUCAUACUGUAACAUCUCUUCUUUCUCAGCCAUGCUUGCUUGAAUUAAUGCAGUGUUGACUAGAUAGAAAGUGAACUAUGAAUAAGCCUUCAGGAUCGGAAGUUACCCUUAGCCUCUGAUCUAAGAUCAGCAUUUGGAACCAAAAUACUACUGCCUGUGCUUGUGAAAUUUCACAUAUUGAAGAUGAGUCUAACAUAAAGAUAGUGUUCCUCCUUUAAAAGAAACGAGAACGAUAUGUUGAAAGUAAAUUCUGGUUUAUUCCAACAAAGCCUCAGGUAGUUUCAGCCAUCAUUUCUAUUGGUUAUGACAGCCUUGUGCUCACUGAUGUACUGCUGAGAUCUUUGUGAAGGUUCUGGCCUUCAGCAGCUCACUUUAACUUAGAAGGUUAAGCUUGGCCGUGGCUAGAUGUAACAGUGGUGUGACUGCUCCAACAUCUCAGCAAAUACUUCUGAUGAAUACAAUAGGAAUGAUGGACAAGACUAAACACAUUUAUGUCUGAAGGGAUUACAAUCGAAGAGACUUAGCGAUUAUUAUUAUUUAAACAGCAACCAAAAGUAAGAGCAGAAACUUUCCCACCUUUUCCUCGUUUUUAGAUUUUCUAUUUUAGCCUUGCACAAAUUCAUGAAGGUUCAUUCUGAUCUUAGCCAAGUGUCUUUGGGUAACUUUAUCUAACUGUGAACACGUGACAGACGAGCAUGCCAAACAUGGGGGCCGUACAACCUUGCUGCCUGAGUUCUGCCUCUGGGGGUGGAGGAGCUUGCAUGGGUCUUAAAAUAUUCUGUCUUAAUUUAUCCCAUUGUUUAGAUCGUGUCUCCGUUCCUGUGUGUGUGUUUGAGUGUGUGCGUGUGUGUGUGUGUUUGAGGGCGUGCAUAUGAACGCCGGUGUUUGUGCGUUUGGACGAGCAUGUGUCGGUGAUCAGUGAGACAGUGUUGUUGGACAGCUUGGGAUAGCGCUUAAAAGACAGUAUUGUUUUAAGCCGAGUUUUUAGUGUCCAGUUUUUGGUACUAUUUCAUAUUGUAUUGUAGGAAUACACAAGACUUUUCAAACACUCUGUGGACAUAAAGAAAGAAAAAAAAAUGGGUAUCAAUGACAUCUAGUGAUGUACAGAAUAAUCCUUAGAAAAGGAAUGCGUUAUGAAUAUCUAUCUACAUGUACCUGAAUAUUUAGCUCUUUAAAAUUCAAACUAAAGGGAUUAUAGUUGCUCAUGUUGAAGUUAGAAGUGUUGCUAACAGUGUACAAUAAAGGGGGCCAAUCUUUGCGGUGUUUGUCGUCUGGGGCAAACGGCGCAGAUUGCACCUUUAUGACAUGCAUUUCUGUGUGGUCGCAGGCCUGCAGCGCGUCCGUCUCAUCCCUCUCCCCCUCGUGUGUGCGGUGUGGCGAGGCGCGGCGCUGCAGUCCGCUCUGUCACGCUGUCUUUGGUUGGCAUAGCAAAUUGUGUGGUCGAAUCAUGUCGCGUGGUCCUGCCUAGCUGAGGUGUCGAACAUGUAGCUGAGAAAUGCAGCAAAAAAAAAAAAAAAAAGAAAAGGAAAAAAAAAAAUUCUAAUCUACUAUUUUGCAUGGAAGUUCUCUGGUUAUUUGACCCACUGUAAUUCUUAGAGGAGAGGUUGUAUGAUGAAAUGCAUUGGCCAUGUACGUAUGUAAUGUAAGAUGACUUGUAUACUUGUUUUAACUGUUUGUCUUAUUUUUUAUUACUUCAUGUUUGUGUGGUGAAAUAUUUCAAUUUUUUGUAUACUAAAUACAAAUGUAUAUGUAAAGUACUCUGCCUUCUGUCAUGAAUCAGUGAAUCUGUUUCUCUAGAUUUUUAUAUGUAUAUACAUUCACUAAGCACUUUAUUCCACACUGAUACCGGGC